AUUCAUGAAUAAGGUGUGGUGAGAGAGAGACAGACGCGAUCGCCGAAGCAUCCUCAGACGCACAAAAAUGGCAGUCAGUCGCCACGGCCGAAUUUUGGUGACCUAAUUAAUAAAAGGGGGAAGAAGAAGACGAUCCAAUCGAAGAAGAAGAGUAGACGACACACUCUGUUGUCUCAUCUGUUGUGUGGCAUAACAUAACAGACUCUCUCAUCUUUCUCCCAAACUUUAGGGCUCCAAUUUCGAUUUUUAGAGAGAGAGAGAAAGAGAAAGAGAGAGCGGCGAACAUCGUGUGUGUCCGUCCGCAAGCGCAAGCGAUAUGGUCCGAAUCACGGAUCUGUUCUUCGUUUCUUACGUCAUUGAUGCUGCUGAUUCCGCAAUUUUGCCCUUUAGAUGAGCGCAAGGGUUUCUUCUUUCUCACGCUAUUGUUCCGUUGAUUCCUCCGAAUCCUGCAAUUCAUUUUUCACGCUCUUUCGAUUGUUUGAUGCUGGAAAGUCAUGCCGACGUUCACAGCCAUAGCUUUGGAUAGGCUAAUAGAACCUGGAGCUACAAAGUCCAUGGUGCUUUCACAAGAUUCAAAUGAUUCAAUGCUUGAUAGGAGGCAUAGCGCUCCUAACACUUUGAAAGACAGGGAAACAGAUCCCCCUAGCUUGAAGCCAGAAAGACGACCCAGCGAUGUUCCGAAGCCUAAACUAGGUAGGGGAGUAAGCGUUCCUCCAAAUUCCAAGACUGAUCUGGUAGUUCUUGCUGGUUCCAAACAGAAGCUCGACAGGAGAAAUAGUUUGCCGCCACCUACAGCUUCACUGGUGGAGAAAAAGCACCAUUGGACUCAGAUAUCUCCUGCACUAUAUGCGACUCCUGAAUCGACACCGCUUCCUGAUUCUCCUUCGUCGUUCCCGCCAUCACCUUACAUUAUUAAUCACAAGCGACGCGGUCCACGUUUAAUGAAGAGUUUCUCUGAAGAGGAUGUUGCAGCUCGUGAACCAGCAGCCAGAGAUGAGGUUAAUGUAGAUGAAGGUUGGGAUGCUGCAGAAAAAGGGGUAGCAAAUGCGUCUAAGGAUGAUACUUGUGUUCCGAGCAUGGUUAUGGAACCCACGAAAUUACCUAGCGUUGAAGAUCCCAAGGAAGAGCAUUUGAAUGGGCUUUGUGUCGAUAACCAUGAAAUCAGUGAUGUGCAAAAUGGCCUUCAAGGGGAGAAUGGCAUGUUGAAGCCUGUGGCAGUUCAUCUACACCUAGAAGGUGAGGACGAUACUUUUGUUGAUCCGCAGGAUUCAGUGAGUGCUAGGAGCAUUAGUGAAAAUGAAGGAUUUGCUUGGGAUGAACGGUUCUUGAAGUCUAUGACACCUAUGGCUGAGUUCUAUGAUGCAUGGGAAGAAUUGUCAGAGACUGGUUCUCAUCUAUCAAUGCGAGAUAUCGAGACUGAAUCACGGGAGAUUAGAUUGUGCUUAUUGGCGGAGAUAGAGAAGAGGAAGCAAGCAGAAGAAACCCUACAAAAUAUGCGAAGCCAAUGGCAGAGGAUACGCGAACAAUUAUCUCAUGUGGGGCUGACACUGCCUUUGGAUCCAACUUCUCAGCCAGUGGGCGAACAACCUGUUGCCAUUGCAGCAGAUUUGUGCCAGCAAGUCUAUAUUGCCCGCUUUGUGUCAAAUACGAUCGGAAGGGGAAUUGCAAAGGCUGAGGUUGAAAUGGAGAUGCAGGCUCAAAUAGACCUGAAAAACAUCGAGAUUGCCCGCUUAUGGGACAGGCUUCAUUAUUAUGAAGCGGUGAAUCAAGAAAUGUCUCAAAGGAACCAAGAAGUUGUAGAAAUGUCAAGGCGACUCCGGCAAAAAAGGAAGAGAAGGCAGAGAUGGGCUUGGGGUUCUAUUGCUGCUGCGAUUUCAAUCGGUUCAGCCGUCUUAGCAUAUUCGUACUUCAAGGGUGGAAAAGAGUCAUCUUCUCCCUCCAAAAUCGAACCCAAACCAAAGUAGGGGCUUCUUUCGUAACUUAGUACACAGACAAAAACAUAGAAAGAAAUAAUAAGACAUGGGGCAUGAGGUAUUAUACUGACCAUCUUAUCUUGUGGAUACCAACAAUGUAUUUUUCUGUUGGUUGCAACAACAUGAUUUUUAUCA